AUCUUUCAUUACUAAUAAGAAAUUAUAAUUUAAAGCACUGUGGUCUUUGUUUGAUACCUGAGUUGAACUCUGAAUAUGUAAGCAAAAAGAAGUGUGUUGGAAAUUUCAGAAAUAGCUGACUUGCAAAACAAUUUUUGUUUUAUGAAACUAUUUCAAAAGUGUAGUAAGAACUUUUCUUAUGGUUUUCAAAAAUAAUUAUAAAAAACUAAAUUGAUUUAUUCCUUUGAGACUAGUUAGUGGAUAGUACUUUUAUACUUCCAAGCCCAUGACUGAGAAAUAUGAAUGGGUUUAUCUCUCUGAUCUUGGAGUGAGGUAACGUGGUGUUGUGAAAAACCUUAGUACUAUAGUCAGUGACAAAUGUGAGCCAAAAAAGAGUGGAAUUUUGUGUGGUUGCAUAUAUUUUAUUACAACAGACAUGCUUUAAGUAUUUUAUUCUAAAGAAAAUAGAAUUUUAUGCUUAAUCUAUCAAAUAUAGUGGUAAAAUUAAUUGUUUGCAUGGUUUAUUGUCACACUGAAACAAAGGUCAGCUGCACUGGUGCCGUUUCUGAAGUCUUUGUUCAGAAACUCAUGUUACUUGUAAUUAUAGAAGACAGUUCAGAAAAAUCAACAUGAUUAAGGAAGUUUUAGUUCAAAUAAACCCAAGAUUUUUAAAUGUGCUCUUAAAUGAAAGGAAAUCAGAUCAGGGAGACGUUUUUAGGAAAUGUCAAAUGUCCUGUGGAAUUUAAAAUAAAUUCCAAAUAAGUCUGUUUAAAAUAAAAUCUUUUUAUCUUCAGAUAUUGAUUAACUGAGCCCACAAUCACUUUCAAAUCAGUGGAAAGGCUGUUGAACUGAUGAUUUGUAAUUUACUAAAUUAUUUGCUUUUACUGAUGCCGUGAAAGUGAAAGUCGCUCAGUCGUAUCCAACUCUUUGGGGCCCUGUAUAGUCCAUGGAAUUCUCCAGGCCAGAGUAUUGGAGUGGGUAGCCUUUCCCUUCUCCAGGGAAUCUUCCCAACCCAGGGAUUGAACCAAAUUGUGGGUGGAUUCCUUACCAGCUGAGCCACAAGGGAAGUCCAGGAAUACUGGGUAACCUAUCGCUUCUCCAACGGAUCUUCCCGAUCCAGGAAUCAAACCAGGGUCUCCUGUAUUGCAGGUGGAUUCUUUACCAACUGAGCUAUCAGAGAAGCCCAAAUAAAUAAAUAAAAGGAAGAUAUUUGGAUUGUUUCCAAUGUGGAACUAUUAUGAAUGAAGUUACUAUGAAGAUUCACAUCUAUGAAACCCACGUAGUCGAAUAUCACGAUGCUUCUCCUGUAGGGAGUGUGAUGAGGAGCAGAGUUUGGCUUUGGAGUGCCCGGAACCAGAAAAAUUGCCGAGGACUCGGAGCCCAGCCCUGACCACUAGAGAGCCCACAACACAAUGAACAAAUUGAACUUCCAUAACAACAGAGUCAUGCAAGACCGCCGGAGUGUGUGUAUUUUCCUUCCUAAUGAUGAAUCUCUGAACAUCAUCAUAAAUGUCAAAAUUCUGUGUCACCAGUUACUGGUCCAGGUGUGUGACCUACUCAGGCUAAAGGACUGUCACCUAUUUGGACUCAGUGUUAUACAAAAUAAUGAACACGUAUAUAUGGAGUUGUCACAAAAGCUUUAUAAGUAUUGUCCAAAAGAAUGGAAGAAAGAAGCCAGCAAGGUACGACAAUACGAAGUCACUUGGGGAAUUGAUCAGUUUGGACCUCCUAUGAUCAUCCACUUCCGUGUGCAGUAUUAUGUGGAAAAUGGUAGAUUGAUCAGUGACAGAGCAGCAAGAUACUACUAUUACUGGCACCUGAGAAAACAAGUUCUUCAUUCGCAGUGUGUGCUCCGAGAGGAGGCCUACUUCCUGCUGGCAGCCUUUGCACUGCAGGCUGAUCUUGGGAACUUCAAAAGGAAUAAGCACUAUGGAAAAUACUUUGAGCCUGAGGCUUACUUCCCAUCUUGGGUUGUUUCCAAGAGAGGGAAGGACUACAUCCUGAAGCACAUUCCAAACAUGCACAAAGAUCAGUUUGCACUCACAGCUUCUGAGGCUCAUCUUAAAUAUAUCAAAGAGGCUGUCCGACUGGAUGACGUCGCUGUUCACUACUACAGAUUGUAUAAGGAUAAAAGGGAAAUUGAAGCUUCUCUGACCCUUGGAUUGACCAUGCGGGGAAUACAGAUUUUUCAGAAUUUAGACGAAGAGAAACAAUUACUUUAUGAUUUCCCUUGGACCAAUGUUGGAAAGUUGGUGUUUGUGGGUAAGAAGUUUGAGAUUCUCCCAGAUGGCUUGCCUUCUGCCAGGAAGCUCAUCUACUACACAGGGUGCCCCAUGCGCUCCAGACAUCUUCUGCAGCUCCUGAGCAACAGCCAUCGCCUCUACAUGAACCUGCAGCCCGUUCUGCGCCACAUCCGGAAGCUGGAGGAAAACGAAGAGAAGAAGCAGUACCGGGAGUCUUACAUCAGCGACAACCUGGACCUCGACAUGGACCAGCUGGAGAAGCGGUCGCGGGCCAGUGGGAGCAGCGCCGGCAGCAUGAAGCACAAGCGCCUGUCCCGUCACUCGACCGCCAGCCACAGCAGCUCCCACACCUCGGGCAUCGAGGCCGACACCAAGGCCCGGGAUGCGGGCCCCGAGGACGCCUACCCCGGCAGUGCCAUCCACCGCAAGCUGAAAACCUGCAGCUCCAUGACCAGCCACGGCAGCUCCCACACCUCCGGGGUAGAGAGUGGCGGCAAGGACCGGCUGGAGGAGGAUUCGCAGGACGACGAAAUAGAGAUGUUGGUUGAUGACCCCAGAGACCUGGAGCCAAUGAAUGAAGAGUCCUUGGAAGUCAGCCCAGACAUGUGCAUCUACAUCACAGAGGACAUGCUCCUGUCACGGAAGCUGAACGGACACUCCGGAUUGAUUGUGAAAGAAAUCGGUUCUUCCACCUCCAGCUCCUCAGAGACGGUAGUCAAACUGCGUGGCCAGAGCACCGAUUCUCUUCCACAGACUAUAUGUCGAAAACCAAAGACCUCCACCGAUCGACAUAGCUUGAGCCUCGAUGACAUCAGACUGUACCAGAAGGACUUCUUGCGCAUUGCAGGACUGUGUCAGGACACUGCUCAGAGUUACACCUUUGGGUGUGGCCAUGAACUGGAUGAGGAAGGCCUCUACUGCAGCAGCUGCUUGGCUCAACAGUGUGUCAACAUCCAAGAUGCUUUUCCAGUCAAAAGAACCAGCAAAUACUUCUCUCUGGAUCUCACCCACGAUGAAGUUCCAGAGUUUGUUGUUUAAAGGACCUCUGUGUGCAGCUGUCUGGACAGCCUGCUGCUUGCUAGAGGCUGUGAAAGCCAUGGGUUCUUUCUUUACCUAUUACUUGUGCCAUAUUUUCUUCACCCCAGACAUAUCUUUUUCUUUAUAAUAGUUGUGAUGGAAAUAAAAGCCGUGGGACAGUUGCACUUUAAGUAUUACACAGGAGGAAAAGGACUACAGAGAAUGUAUAGCAAGACAAGUGCCCGGAAGUUCACUGAUCCUUUGAAAGGAAAUGUGCUUUACUGGUUACCAAACCUUCAGGAUAUCAGACUGCGGUGUGUGUAUGCAUUGUUUUGUUUUCCAGUUCAAUUACGUGUAACAUCACUUUUUUUUUUUUAUCAUGUGAAAGAUGUUGUUGUGUUUCUUUGUUUGCUUGUAUGUUUUUUUCCUACCACUCCCUCAUGAAAUGCUGGUGGUUUGAGGGAGGAGAGAGAGAAGAGGCUCUCAUCUUUUUAAGAGAGAGACAGUUGCCCAGUCAUAGCCAUUGCCACCCCGCUGGGGCUGUCCCAAAGUGAACAGGAAUGAAGCAGUCGAAUCAAGUGGUUCCAGCACGCCAAAGAUGCAUCAUCACAGAAGUGCAGCCCAAGGUCAACAAGAUGUGAAUCGAGCAAUAACCAAAAGAUGGUGCGGUGAGGCCUGUGACUGCUUCACGCUGGUGAAGUGCCACGUCCUUCUCCUGCUCUUCCAGAAAGCUCUAGGACUCAGCCGAGUCCCUUGUCCAAGUAACAGAUUGGUUGUGUUCAUGCCACAAUUAAUUUUGUGGAGUUUCCAAAACCAGUUUCUGUUAAAACUGUAGAAAUGUUUUAGAAUAUGUUUAUACUUGGUGGUUUGUUUUUUUGAAUCAAGAAUAAAUUAUGGUAAUGUUGGUUUCUGCCUAACCAAAAUAUCCCAACUAUACAUAUAUGUGAUACAUAUAUAAAUACAUAAGAUUGUGUGUUUAUAUGUGUCUGAAGCUUACCACCUUUUCAUCUAUGAAAGAUAGACAGCUCCCAUAUCUGUCUUACAUACAUGGUCUUUCUUGUUGGGUGCAGAGGAUGUUUGGUGUCACUGAAUGAAUGAUGCCUACAGACAAUCAGCUGAUAGAUACACAGUUAAGAAUGACUAUUUUCUCAUGGGUCUUUUGCCAUAGUUCUCAACCCUGGUUGCAUCAUGGAAUUAUCUGGGGAGCUUUGAAAAAACUAACAAUGUCUGGGUACCACCUCAGAUGAAUUAAAUCAGUGUCUUGUGGUGAGACCCAGGUGAAAAUUGCCUUUUCUUUUGAAGUUUCCAGAUGGAGCUAGUAUGUAACAGGAUUGAAAACCACCAAUCCCGAGGAUGUCUUUUUUAUUAACUUUGACGUAUAUAGAAAGUGUUAGUGUUUGAGAAAAGGUCAUCUUUAGGACAGUUCCUGCCACUGCUGUUAGGAUAUAUAAUAAAAUCAAGUCAGGAGCGUGAACUUACUCACCUACAGAUGUACGGUAACAGUGUUGCUUGCACUUCAGGAAAGUACUUUAGCACAAUGUCUUUCUAUGAGAUGUUUUUAAUGAUUUCAUAUAUUUACAACAUUUGUUUACCAUAUUUUGAUAUACCAUUUUUUCUAUCUACCAAGUUUUAUUAAAAAAAAACUAUAUUAUUUUCUAAAGAAACAGUCAUAUUUUUAUACGAAAUUAAGUUUUCAGGUAACAAAGAAAUAGUCUUAGGGUACAGCAGAACCUACAGUGUUCCCCAUGGAUGGGGGUCAGUAUUAUAAACACGUGGAGAAUGAGAACAAGCUCUACCUGCAUUGCCCCUCACAUUUUUCCCCCGUGUGGAUGUGAAAGGGCAGCGGGUACACACAAGUCUGGUCAACUUGGUUUAACUUGACACUUUAAAAGGAAAAAAAUUCUAUAGAGUGCUAUAGUCAGGAAAUUAUUUUGCUUUUAUCAAAUGUUUGAAAGAACCAAAGUUUCAGAUAUCAGAAUGUAUUAAAGUAUCUCAAACUUUGUAUAUAAAAGGAUGAAAGUAUGAAAGGAUCAUCUAAUGACUGUUACUUGUAAGUCAUUAAAUAAUCUACCAUUUCUUAUAGAUGCUUAAGAGACAAAUUCUGAUGAAGUUUGACCCUAAAAAGCCCAGAUCAUAAAUGUGGUGCAUUUCCUUAGCUCUUAGUGUUUCUUGUUUAAACAUCAAAAAAAAAAUAUUUAAUUAAGUACAUAAUGCUUUAUACUUUUAUUUUCUCUCUACUUCAAACAGAAUCAGGCCUUUAGGGUUUUGCCAGCAUCGUUAGUGGUUUUGCACACCCUCUUUCUAAUUGGAUUUAUGAAUAGUCUUGUGGGUUUUCAAAAAUGAGACAUGCUAAGGACAUUUUUGCUUUUUGAUCCAUUGCGGCAGAAUUAUAUAUAUGUAUAUGAAAAUCCAUUUUGAAUAUCUACAUUUUUGUAUUUGGAAAUUGUUUUAAAAAAUAAAGGAAAAGUAUAAACCUGAUAUUUAUUCUGCAUUUGUUAAUAUCCAUUGCUAGUCAGUAUACCAGUUUGGUAUAUAUUGCCUCUACACGUCUGCAUUUGUAUUUGCAACAAUGAACUUUAUAUCUGCAUAAAUUGUAAAUAAUCCUUUCUGUGAAAGGAUCAUCAUGUUAAGAUGAUACCAAAAGUGUGUUUAAAAAAACUGCAUUAUUUUGUAAUUAUUCUUAUAAGGAUUUCAUGGUAAGAUUAGCAGUCAAUAAAGUUACUUUUUAUUUGUC